UUUGUCCCAAUUAGCCUCUGUAGAUUCCACUUCCAAUCAUUUCAUUUCCCAUUACCCAAAUAGCUAUGAAUCGCGUCUGAUUACUUCAUCUCCUCAACGAUUGAAGAACUAAGCAGUGAAAAUCAUGGGGUUACUGAAGCUCCGCCGUCUGCUGGUGGUUCUGAUUCUCGGUUUGUUAAUUGGCGUUACCACAGCAGGUGGUGGUUCGGGAAAGUGUGGAUUUCCCGCCGUAUAUAACUUUGGCGACUCAAAUUCAGACACAGGCGGAAUAUCGGCGGCAUUCAAUGCGAUUCAACCGCCCAACGGCGAAACCUUCUUCCGACGUCCUUCUGGAAGGGCUUGCGAUGGCCGUCUCAUUGUAGAUUUUAUAGCUGAGAAGCUGAAAUUGCCUUACCUGAGUGCAUAUCUGGACUCAUUAGGAACAAAUUUUAGGCAUGGAGCUAAUUUUGCAACAGGAGGUUCAUCGAUUUGUCCUGGUGGUUACAGCCCUUUUCAUCUUGGCAUUCAAGUAUCACAGUUCAUACAAUUCAAAUCCCGCAUCACUGAUCUGUUCAAUCGACUCCACUCCAACAACAAGACAUCGAUACCAAUCAAACGUAUAGCGAGGCCCCAGGAGUUUUCGAAGGCGCUAUAUACGUUCGACAUUGGGCAGAACGAUCUUGCCUACGGUUACCAACACUCAUCAGAAGAACAAGUUAGAGCCUCCAUUCCAGAUAUACUCAACACAUUCUCUGAAGCUGUGCAACAAUUGUACAAGGAAGGGGCAAGGUAUUUCUGGGUGCAUAACACAGGUCCAAUUGGAUGUCUGCCUUACUCUAUAUUGUAUAACAAAAGUCCUGAUAAUCGAGAUAGCAACGGAUGCGUGGAGAGCCAGAAUGAAGUCUCUCGAGAAUUUAAUCGACAGCUGAAGAGUCGGCUGCUAAAGCUGGGGAAAAAGCUUCCUCUAGCUAGAAUUAUACACAUAGACAUGUAUUCAGCCAAGUAUCUGCUCAUUACCGAAGCGAAAACUCAAGGUUUUGUUAAGAAUCCAGUGAAGUUUUGCUGUGGGAGUUACUAUGGCUAUCACAUUGAUUGUGGAAAAAGAGAAGUUGUGAAUGGAACAGUUUAUGGAAAUCCUUGCAAGGAUCCAUCAAGGCAUAUUAGCUGGGAUGGCAUACACUACUCUGAGGCUGCAAACUUGUGGAUUGCCAACCAUAUUUUGAAUGGCUCAUUUUCAGACCCACCAUUGCCAAUUGACAAAGCUUGUCGAGCUCCUAGUUACGCAUGAUAAUCACGGAACCACAACGUCUCAACACUACAAAUUUUCACAUUAGCGUUUGAUUCUGUCGAAAAUCACGCUUGCACCUUUGGAAUUUGGUUCGAUUGUAUCAGAGAUGGCAAAAGUUUAUGAACACCAUUCGGGCUAUGAACUCGAGAAUUAUUGGUGUCCCAUAGAGAAGUUGGGUAGAUAAACCAAGCUAUCCAUGUGUUUGUACUUAUUAAAAACACUUUUUUUAUUAAGGUCAUUUCAAACCUACUAUCAAGUUUUUC